CUAUUGUAUUGAAAACGCGGUCUAAAAGCAAAACAAACGCCUUUUGUCUCAUUAGUGAUACCAUCGCUGAACCGGUCAGUGAUCUGAUCCCGAGAAAUGUCGCCCAAGAAGUCACCCAAAAAGAGAGUGAAGUCAGUGCUGGUGACCAACGAUGACGCGGAUGUGAUGAAGAUAUUGGAUAAGAGCAAACCGAUGAUCAUUUUGACAGAUUGUAUGAAAAACAAUGGUUUGAAUGGUAUGAAUGGUAAGACUACUGUCGAUGAGAGCAGCGAUUCCAGCGAUGGUGACAACGAAGAAGAGUCGAUGACUGUCGUCAAGAAUCGAGUGAUUGAUAGCAACUAUUUUAUGGCCCAAUCGUCGCGAUCGAAGACAUCGAAGAAUGCGUUCGCGAAAGUGAUCCAAAACUUUGAUUUAAACGAAUCCAAAAUUAAAGACAUUAUUGAGAAUCAAUUUGUUGACCAAAGAAGACAUUUCAUUGAUCUCUAUAUUAAUAACAAUUAUUUCGAGGAAUGGUUUCAAUCCUUAAAUUGUGGUUUCAAUGUAUUGCUCUAUGGAUUGGGAUCUAAACGCAAACUAUUGGAUCAAUUUAUUACUCAAUGUCUUCAAUCAGACCAUCACAUCGUUAUCAAUGGCUAUAACAAUGAAAUGACUGUUAAAAAUAUGAUUAAUGUUUUAAAUGAAGUGAUGAGUGAAUCAAUUAAUGAUGAAACGAAAUUAAUCGACAAAUUAAAAGACAUUGAUUUUGAUGUGUAUUUAGUGAUCCAUUCAAUUGACUUCUUGUUCGGCAAUAACUCGAAGAUGAAGUCAUUGUUCAGCCAAAUGGUGUCCGUUUGCAGUCGUUUACGAUUCAUAGCGAGUGUCGAUCACGUGAAUAGCGGUCUGUUGUGGUCGACCACUGAAUCCAAUGCCUAUAAGUGGUUGUGGUUUAAUGUGCCGACGUAUGAGUCGUAUACGAUUGAGAAGGCGUUCAGCACUGGGCUAUCAAUGCUGAGCGGCUCAUCCAAAUCGUGGACACAAUCGUUGACUUAUUCCUCUGUUAAACAUGUUUACGAUUCGCUCACAACAAACGCACAGAAAGUUUUUCUCCUUAUUUUGACUCAUUUUGUGGAAAAGGAUGAGACGAACAGCGGAUUCGCGUUCAGUGAUUGCUAUUCGUUGUGUAGGGAAGAGUUUUUGGUCACUUCGGAGUUGACAUAUUCCCGAGUUUAG